AUGGCCACGUUCACUCGUUUCUUCAUAGGCGCUGUCCUGCUGAUCCAAGCUGGGAUCGCAGAAGCAGGACUACAUACUGGACAUGGCCACCUCCAUGGACGAGAUCUAAACCUCUUCAGCAAGCGAGCUGCACAAGUUAAUCCCACACUACCGGGAAACUGGACUUAUAAAUCAUGCAUGACCGAUAAUGUCAACAGCAGAGCACUAUACGCGAAGGCUACCACGAGUGCAGACAUGACCGAGACGAAAUGUGUCAACUUUUGCGACAGUAAUGGAUAUGCAUAUGCGGGUGUCGAGUACAGCCAAGAAUGCUACUGCGGAAACGUCAUAUCUGUGUCCGGGAAAGCUGCUCCCGAGACCGACUGCAAUAUGGCAUGCGCCGGUAGCGACUAUGAGCUCUGCGGUGGCCCUAGUCGCCUCAAUGUGUUCCACAACGGCAACCAGAAGAUCGCCGCCCAAGGGCCUGCAACUAAUGCUGGACCUCAAGGUUGGGGCUUCAUGGGCUGCUACACCGACUCUGUCGCAGCCCGAACUCUCACGACCGGCGGUCAAUCGGCUGGUGGUGGCGCAGUCCUGACGGUGGCCCUGUGUACCCAAGCUUGCGACCAGCAAGGAUACAACAUCAGCGGCGUGGAAUACAGCGGCGAGUGCUAUUGCGGAACCGGCUUCUCGAAUGGUGGCAAACUGGCGCCUGAUGGACUGACAGGCUGCAACAUGGUCUGCAACGGCAACUCCAGCGAGUACUGUGGAGGACCCGAUCGUCUUAAUGUCUACGGCAAGGGUGUCCGAAGCACAAUCGCACCAAACUGGGCUCUUGCAGGUUGCUACACCGACAACGUAAACUCACGGACCCUGACACAUGGCGUGCCAGUCUUGGGAGGCGCUGCGAACAUGAGCAACCCCAACUGCCAGAACGCUUGCUAUGCAGCUGGCUAUACCAUCGCCGGAACCGAGUACUCAGGCGAAUGCUAUUGCGAUAACGCACCAGCAAACGGUGGCGGUCUUGCUCCAGAUGGCAAUGCUCAAUGCAACAUGGCAUGUAACGGAGAUCCCACGGACGUCUGUGGUGGUCCAGACAGAUUGACAGUGUGGAACUAUAUUGGUGGCACACCUCCUACCACAACCAAUCCCGGCAACCCGAACCCUCCAGUCAACAACGAUCCACCACCCAACAAUCCCACGUUCGUUCCGAGCAUGCCCACCGACGUGCCGCCUGGAUGGCGAUAUAAUGGGUGCUAUGUCGACAAUGCGUACGGACGCAUCCUCUACCAGCAGCCAGAUCAAGUCAAUUUAACAGUCGAAUCCUGCAUCAGUACAUGUGUAGCACUCGGAAAGCCCAUCGCUGGUAUGGAGUACAGCACACAGUGCUUCUGCGGCGAUUACGUCUUGAACGGAGGCGCGCUCGCUUCAUCCGACUCUCAGUGCGGCAUGACUUGUGGGGGUAACAAGACUCAGGCCUGUGGUGGACCAGAUCGCAUGAGUGUCUGGUCGAAUAUCACAUUCAACACCUACCCGCCACCGAAGCCUCAGACAACCGGCCUACCUGGCAACUUCCAGUACAUGGGGUGUUUGACCGACAUCCCACAACCUCGCGUACUACCAUACGAAGUCAUGUUCUACCAAACGAACCUUACAGUGCCCAUGUGUUUGAAGCGAUGCUCCGACUAUGGCUUCAGUGCGGGUGCAGUCGAGUACGGAAACCAAUGCUACUGCGGCGACGACAGCGAUCGGACGUCAUGCAAUACAGCUUGCAUCGGUGAUCCCACAGCCAUGUGCGGUGGUGCUGGUGCCAUGAACUACUACGUCUGGAACAACUUGAACACGUGGAACAAUGCUACGGGCGACGCUGCUGGCCAAUACAAGUACCUGGUUCCCGGCGUGGUAGUACCUUUGAUCACCACAGCGGGCCGCAACGGCAAGGUCACAUUCGUCGAGAAGUACGGUACCGGACCCGCCAACUCCAGUGGCGCCUACGAGCUUGAUCUCUCUCUGGUCGACAAGUUUGACCAGGCCUGGCGCGAGCUCGAUGGCCUCAAGACCGAUGUCUUCUGCUCCGCAGGACUCACGCUCCCUGACAAGAAGGCUCGUCAGAUCAAUAUUGGUGGUUGGUCAGCCAGCUCCCUCUUCGGCGUGCGUUUCUUCACCCCAGAUGGGUCACCAGGUGUUCCUGGUGUUGACGGCUUCUCUGAAAACGUGGCGGAGGUCGGUCUGCAGAUCGGCCGCUGGUAUCCCUCGGUCAUGCAGAUGGUCAACGGCUCCAUUCUCGUCCUUGGUGGUGAGGAUGGCUCCAACGGUCCACCAGUGCCCUAUCUGGAGGUGAUCCCAAAACCAGCCGGCGGUGGCUUGCAGUACUGUGAUUGGCUGCAGAAGACCGAUCCCUGGAACCUGUACCCGUUCAUGGCCGUCCUUCCCUCUGGUGGCAUCUUUGUCCUCUACUACAACCAGGCGCUGAUCAUGGACGAAAGCAGCCUUGUCGCCACCAAGUAUCUGCCUGCCGUACCAGGCGCUGUCAACGACAACGGCGCAGGUCGCACCUACCCGCUCGAAGGCUCGAUGAUGCUGUUGCCACAAAGCGCACCCUACACAGAUCCUCUCACGGUCCUCGCCUGCGGUGGGUCCACGCAAUAUGCAGGCAUCGCACUAGACAACUGCGUCACCCUACAACCAGAAGUUCCCGGCGCCCAGUGGACGAUCGAGCGCAUGCCCUCCAAGCGCGUCAUCCCGUCUAUGGUUGCUCUUCCGGACGGCACAUACCUCAUCAUGAACGGCGCCCACCAAGGUGUCGCAGGAUUCGGACUCGCCACCGAUCCCAACCACAACGCCGUCCUGUACGACCCCUCCAAGCCCAAAAACCAGCGCAUGACAUCCCUGGCAAGCACGACGAUCGACCGCCUGUACCACAACGAAGCCAUCCUCCUCGAAGACGGCCGCGUCCUCGUCAGCGGCUCCGACCCCGAAGACACCCGCUUCGAGCAAGAGUACCGCGUUGAGGUCUUCAUCCCACCUUACCUGCACGCUCUCAACGAGCCCAACGUCAUCAAUACCAGCCAGCCCCCAUACGCGAACUCAACCAGCUCUUCCAACUCCACCAAUGCGGCGGCAGUCAAUAACACUGCCUGCUCCGUCACCAAACGUCCCGUCUUCACACUCAACACCCAAGGCCUCUCGGACCCCGACGAGGACAUCUCCUACGGCUUCGGCGCCCAGAUCAAAGUCACCAUGUGGUGCGGCACACCCGCCAAGUUCUCCCUCAUGGGCGCCGUCUCGUCCACGCACGGAAACUCGAUGGGUCAGAGGACUAUCUUCCCUGCGUUCAGCUGCAGUGGGAACCAGUGCACGAUCACGACGCCGCCUAAUGGUCAUGUCACGGGCGGACCGAAUUGGUUCAUGUUGUUUGCAUUGGAUGCGAAUAAUGUGCCUAGUUUCGCGAGCUGGCUGCGGAUUGGGACGGAUCUGGCGAACUUUGGGCAAUGGCCGAAUUUCUCGGAUUUCCCGCUGCCUGGUCCUGGUAAGUAG